UAAAAAAUAGUAAAAUAAAAGAGUACAUCGGGGGGAGGCGGGCAGGCUUUACUAAUCUUUUUCUACUUGAGACUCACACAAACCCUAAACACACAAACAACAUGUUGUUUUUUUCAUACUUUAAGGAUCUGGUGGGAAGAGAAGUGACAGUAGAGCUGAAAAACGAUUUAGCAAUAAGAGGAACUCUCCAUUCUGUGGAUCAAUAUCUCAAUAUCAAACUUGAAAACACUCGCGUUGUUGAUCAAGAUAAGUUCCCUCACAUGAUGUCAGUGAGGAACUGCUUUAUCAGAGGAUCAGUAGUCAGGUAUGUGCAAUUGCCCCCCGAGGGGGUGGACAUUGAGCUGCUCCACGAUGCCACCAGAAGAGAAGCCCGGGGUGGUUAGAAAUAUGGAGCUGUAUUUUAUGGCAAUUUUAACUAGAUAUCUGUUGCACAACGUUGUACUUUGAUACUUGAAUUCUCCUGUUUUUAAUGAUUAUCCGUUUGAUAUGAUA